CGGUCGCAAACAAUAUGGCGUUGGGUAACUCGAACGAAGUAUCAAAGGUCGUCGGAAUGUGGACUCGGGAGAAUAGAUAGAUCAUUCAUCUUUACCUCAAUUUGCUUAAUUAUUACGCAUAUUUCACGUUAACAUAUGGUCUCAGUGAUUCUAUCUCCAAAUACAUUUUUCGGCGAAGUGGGGGACAUGAAGUGCCCACUAUGGAGGUAGUAGAGUUAUUUAAUAAGUUCAACGAGAGUCUGGGGUCAUAUAUAUUUUCAAGAUGGAUUGGAAGAUUCAUAGAAGAAUAUCAGACAUCAAGGACAAUCUUUAUCAUUGCCACAAUUCUGCUUCUUAUUUUCUUAAUUGUAUCAAUCUUUGUGCUACGCAAAUGGAAGAACAAGGAAUUUCUACCAGAGGUAAAGGAGUUUGUUGGAGUAGGCACUGGAAAGCCAAGAUUCAGGAAGAGAGACAAGGUUCUCUUUUAUGGCAGGAAAAUGUUGCGCAAAGUGAAGUCCAUUGGUGGCCAAGUACAUGCUACUGGACAAGGAAAGAAAAGAAGAGCGGUCAUGAGAUUUGCUCGUCGAUUAUUACAACUUAAGAAGGAAACCGCCCCGCAACAGCUCAAAGUAUUGGAACCACCUGCUGAGUAUUUGGAAGAAGAUUUAGGACCUGGUGAGAGAGUGCCACCAGAUGCUCUAUAUAUGCUGCAAAGUAUUAGAGUCUUUGGCCAUUUUGAAAAACCUGUGUUUCUGAAGUUGUGCAAACACACAGAAAUCAUGAAUUUACCUGCUGGCAGUACAUUGUUCAAAAUUGGAGAUCCCGACGAGAAUUUAUUUAUAGUCCAACAAGGUUUAGUUAAUGUAUAUAUUACUGGAUCCGAUGGCUCUCAAAUAUCAUUAAAACUAGUGAAAACAGGAGAGUCUGUUACCAGUCUUCUUAGUUUUACCGAUGUACUUACCGGGCAUACAAGUACAUACAAAACAGUAUCUGCAAGAGCUAUGGAAGAUUCUAUUGUAGUAAAGUUACCAAUGUGCGCAUUCCAACAAGUAUUUCAAGAUUAUCCUGACGCCUUUGUUCGAGUUAUCCAGGUCAUUAUGGUACGCCUGCAGAGAGUUACUUUUACCGCGUUGCAUCAAUAUCUCGGUCUCUCUGCGGAAUUAGUCAAUCAGGGAUCACACAAGAAGAAACAAAGUCCAUUCUCCGGUUCGCCAGUACGAUCAAGAACCAGAGAGAAUUUCGCCUCGCAAAAUGAAAGUAUACCUGGUGUACUUCCAGUCGGCACAUCGGAAACGCACGAUACCGAUCUUUCUCAUCGCGACGAGCCCAAUAGUAGUACAAAUAGUAGUUCUCAGCCUAUUCCCAUACUCGGAAAUCGUCGAACAAAAAAUAAUGCUGACUGGAAGAAUCAGAGUUUAAACUCGCAACUAAAUCAGAGUUCGGCAGAUAUGGCAGAAUGUGACUCUCACUGGCCAAAUCCAUCUUCAUCGAUAGCAUCUCAACCGCACGCAUCACAUACGGAAGCUUCUCAUUCUGGAAGUACUUAUCUUGGAAAAAAGCGCCAGUCCAGUGAGGGAGCGCAACAACAGCAACAACAACUAGAUGAAACACAUCUCGUGCAGAUAGCCACUGACGCGUUUGUUCGUGAACUCGGCCUAGAGGAUGAGACGGUGCUCAAAGAUAAAGUUCAGAUUAGAGAAGUGCCAGUUGGUACUUAUCUAAUGAAAGAAGAAUCUCACAAGGACGUCGCACUUGUAUAUGUACUUUCGGGCUUACUGAUAGUAAGCCAACGGGUAUCGGAAGGCCGGGAUGCGAGUCAAGAAGUACACAUGUUUAGCGCUCAUCAGGGUGAAAUCGUCGGUGGUUUAGCGGUAUUGACCGGCGAACCAUCCUUUUACACGAUCAGAGCGAAGCAUCCUAGCCGUAUCGCACUACUUAGCAAAUUAACAUUCUUUGCCAUUAUGCGAGAUCAACCUACAGUUGUGAUGCACGUAGCACAUACCGUUGUUCGCAGAUUAAGCCCGUUUGUGAGACAGGUGGAUUUUGCUCUCGACUGGUUAUUUCUUGAAAGCGGAAGGGCCGUUUAUAGACAAGGGGAUGAAUCGGAUUCGACAUUCAUAGUGUUGAGUGGACGAGUGCGAUCGGUAAUUACUUACAAAAACGGCAAGAAAGAACCAGUAGCAGAAUAUGGAAAGGGCGAUUUGGUAGGGAUUGUAGAGAUGGUUACGCAAACUCCGAGGUCGACAACGGUUAUGGCAGUCAGGGAUUCCGAAUUAGCGAAGUUGCCGGAAGGUUUAUUCAAUGUGAUUAAAUUGAGAUAUCCAAUCGUUGUCACGAGAUUAAUAAAUCUUCUCGGUCAUCGCAUACUCGGCACUUGGCAGCAGGCGCAUACGAAAAAUAACAAUGACACUCAGCGAGCCGCAGCAACAGUCGAUGCCAGGCCCGCACAAGUAAAUUUCUCAACUGUUGCUAUAGUGCCCGUGUCGGAUGAUGUACCAUUAACUGCUUUCACUUAUGAAUUGUAUCAUUCUUUAUGUGCCAUUGGAUCUUGUCUUCGUCUAACAUCAGAUGUCGUAAGAAAGACUUUAGGAACGACCAUCAUGGAACCUGCGAAUGAGUACCGGCUGACUUCCUGGCUUGCGCAACAGGAAGAUCAACAUAGAAUUUCUUUGUAUCAAUGCGAUUCGAGUUACACGUUGUGGACUCAACGAUGUGUGAGGCAAGCCGAUUGCAUUCUCAUCGUGGGUCUGGGCGAUCGACCACCGUCGAUUGGUCGAACAGAACGCGAGGUAGAGCGAUUAGUUAUGCGAACGCAGAAGGAGUUGGUGCUGUUGCACAAGGAGCAGAAUGGUCAGCGACCCACAAAUACUGUUCAAUGGUUAAACAUGAGAUCAUGGGUGUCCAGUCACCACCACAUCCAAUGUCCGAAACGGAUGUUUACUAGGAGAUCGCAGUACAGAAUUAACGAGUUGUACUCCAAAGUCCUUAUGUCCGAACCAAAUGUACAUAGCGAUUUCAGCAGAUUAGCGCGAUGGCUGACUGGCACCUCAGUAGGUCUUGUACUUGGUGGAGGCGGUGCGAGGGGCGCUGCCCACGUAGGUAUGCUCAAAGCCAUUAUUGAGGCGGGUAUACCCAUAGACAUGGUCGGCGGAGUUAGUAUUGGCGCCUUUAUGGGCGCUCUUUGGUGCAUGGAGAAGAAUAUCACUACUACCACGCAAAAGGCCAGGGAAUGGUCUACGAAAAUGACGCAAUGGUGGCGGCAAAUUUUGGAUUUGACUUACCCGAUGACUUCGAUGUUCUCCGGUAAAGAUUUUAAUAAGACUAUACAGCAAACUUUUGGCGACACAUACAUAGAGGACUUGUGGCUUCCGUAUUUCACUAUAACCACCGACAUCACGGAUUCCUGUAUGCGCACGCAUAGACACGGUUUACUAUGGAGAUAUAUUCGCGGCAGUAUGACUGUCGCGGGAGUCUUUCCUCCGAUUUGUGAUCCCCUUGAUGGGCAUCUUUUGGUCGAUGGAUGCUAUGUUAAUAACGUGCCAGCUGACGAAAUGUUGCGGCAAGGAGCACAUCACAUUCUGGCCAUCGAUGUCGGCUCACAGGAUGACACUGAUCUGACGAAUUACGGGGACUCGUUGUCCGGCUGGUGGUUACUGUGGAAACGAUGGAAUCCAUUCGCUACGCCCGUGAAAGUACCAAAUUUACCGGAUAUCCAAUCCAGACUGGCGUAUGUAAGUUGCGUGCGCCAGCUGGAAGAGGUGAAGAACUCGGAUUAUUGCGAGUACAUCAGGCCGCCGAUCGACAAGUACAAGACCCUCCAAUUCGCAAAUUUCGACGAGAUCAGGGACGUGGGAUACCAACACGGGAAAACGUAUUUCGAAGGUCAAUCAAAAGCUGGAGUUCUGCCUCGAUUCAAUGCAGAUCGAGAGAAUGCGAGAGCUAUGCGAGCAAAGUGCCAAGCAGCUAAUCAACAAUCUUGCCCUUCGUACACUUUCACCGAUCUCGCACAGAUGGUGUGUAAAGUUUCGCGUGUAAGUCGGUAUUUCGACAUAGAUACGGAUUCGGAUGAACUGGAAGAAUAUGAGGCAGACUUGGAAGAGGAUGCACAGGAAGUCGGAUAUGCGUCCGAACCUACUGCCGGUAUUUUAGACCAAAGCCCUGAGGAUAAUCGUUUAAGACGAAGAACUGGCGUUUCGCUUAGUUUGUCCGAUACCGAAGCGGAGUCGGAACUAGAAUAUCAUGCGACGAUCUUUUGAAUAUUUGUUUACAAUUAUUUGCGAUAUCAUAUCUCACUGUCCGCAACUCGAUCAAUGAGAUAAACUUAGCACAAAUCUUUCAAUGCGCAUACAAAUCAAAUUCACUUUUCACUGAGCGAGCAAUUUCACUCAGCGAUAAUCUACAUCAAAGUACAAAAAUAAUUGUUGCAAGAUAUAAUCAUUGGAACAUAUUAUUCUGAAACUAGAUCACAGUACGAUGUGUAUAUCAGUAUACAUGUAUCGUAAUAAGUGAUUAUUGUUAUUAUUAUUGCUCUAUUAAAUAUUAUUAAAUAUAUAUUAUUAAAUAUAUAAUUCUACGAUUUUUAAAAAAGA